GGCUGGCAAAGUGUCUAAAGUUUCAUGACCGAGAGACACAAAGAAAGGAAAAUGGGCUCAUCCCCGAAGCAGCUGAAGGCAUCGGUGCUUCCGAAGAAGGAUCUUCAUGGCUUUAGGUCUCUGAGAAGAAUUUAUUCCGUUUGAAAAAGAAUCAGGUUCCUUGGAUAUGCUUUCGGUCAUGUUGAGGAUUAACGACUGAUCCUAUAGAUGCAGAAAAAUGUUUGGAAGAAGCGACAUUUGAAAGGCAAUCGACCUCCUGUCAAAAAUUUGACGCCUUGGUAAAGCACACGUUGGAGGUGAAUUGUUCGAAGACUAUGGGAUGUGGAAUUUCUGGACAAAACAAAUCAUUGACCGGCUCAGAGGAAGGACAGAUGUUGCCAGAUAUAUCUCCCCAAGCCUUUAAAGCAGCUAUCCUGAUCCAAAGAUGGUUCCGACGCUACAUGGCCCGGCUCGAAAUGCGCCGAAGGUGCACAUGGCGCAUCUUUCAAUCCAUAGAGUACGCAGGAGAACAGGAUCAUCUCAAGCUCAACCAUUUCUUCGACUACCUUGUGGACCACUUCAUGGCAAGCAACAGUAAAGAGAGGGAUUUCAUUAACCGUGUUUUCUCAGAAAGUGAUAUCCCUAAAGAUCCCAAGUUGGAGAAAGCCUGCAACUAUGAAGCAAUCCAGGUGCCAGAUAACUACGGGGGGCCCCAUCUUUCCUUCCCUCUCUCGACUGAUGAUGCCAAUGCCUUACUGGAAGCGUUUAAACAACGCGAACAGCUCCAUGCAUAUUAUGUCCUAAAACUCUUCCACGAGACGAUGAAGCAUCUUUCUCAGCUGCCUAAUAUCAGCAGUGUCUCCACCUGCUACAACGAGGAGAUCACCGUGUGCGGAGACUUGCAUGGCCAGUUGAAUGACUUGUUUGUGAUAUUUUACAAGAAUGGCCUCCCCUCUCCAGCGAAGAAAUACGUGUUCAACGGUGACUUUGUGGACAGGGGCAAACAGUCCAUUGAGAUCUUGAUCAUUCUUUUUACCUACCUCUUGAUUUACCCCAAGGAGGUCCACCUGAACCGAGGAAACCACGAGGAUUACAUGAUCAACUUACGCUACGGGUUCACCAAGGAGGUCAUGCGCAAAUACCGGGAACAUGGGAACAAAAUACUGAAACUGCUCCGGCAUGUCUUCAGCUGCUUGCCGCUGGCCACCUUGAUUGAUAAGAAGGUUUUAAUUGUACAUGGAGGGGUGUCAGACACUACGGAUUUGGAACAGCUAGCCAGGAUCGACAGGCGUAAGGUUUUCUCUUUGCUAACCCAGAAGAGGAAAAGCGAGAAAAUUGUGCGUCAAAAUGAAGCUGGUCAGGCUAGCUUUUGUGAUAUUUCACAACAGUCAGACAUUUCCAAGCGAGUGCAAGAGUCGGUUCAGGAAGAGCUGCAGUCGUGCCGAAGGCUGGCAGGCCUAGCCGAGCCCAAAGGGAUGGACAUGUCUCUGGGCACCCCCUUGGCCUCCGUGUCAGAGGUGGAUGUGAAAUCCUAUGACUCCCUUGAAAUAGAAGGCACUGAGAUCAAGCAGCUUCUCGAUAUUCUCUGGAGCGACCCGCACCCUCAAAAUGGCUGCCGAUUGAAUGAAGAGAGGGGAGGGGGCUGUUACUUCGGCCCCGAUGUGACAGAGAGGAUCCUACAGAAGCAUGGCCUCCAACUCCUCAUCCGCUCCCACGAGUGUAAACCGGAGGGCUACGAGUUCUGCCACAACCGAAAGGUCAUCACCAUAUUUUCGGCCUCCAACUACUACGCCGUGGGCAGCAACAGAGGUGCCUACAUGAAACUGGGACCAGACCUGAUCCCUCACUUUGUGCAGUACCAAGGCAGCAAGACGGCGUCUCAGCUGACCAUUACACAAAGGAUCAGCAGAGUGGAGGAGACUGCCUACCAAGCUCUAAGGGAGAAAAUGUUCGCUCACAAGUCAGACCUCCACAGUGCUUUCAACCAGUUGGAUAAGACCAAAUCAGGUGUGAUCACGUUGAGCGACUGGGCCAUGGCCAUCGAGUCGGUCCUCCAUUUAGGGCUGCCGUGGCGGAUGCUGCGGCAGCAACUGGUGCCCAGCCUUGUCGGUGGGAAGCUGGACUACGACCAGUGGCUGAAAGACAUCGAGAUGGAGCAGAAGUCAACGAGCCAGGAGCGCAUCCAGUCGAGUUUGCUGGAAACUAUUUACCGGAACCUCCCUAGCCUGGAGACCAUCUUCAACAUCAUAGACACUGACCACUCAGGAUUCCUUUCUUUUGACGAGUUCCACCAGGUCUGGAAGCUGUUCAAUUCCCACAUGAACCUCAACGUCUCCGAGAAAAGCAUCUGCGACUUGGCCCGCAGCAUCGAUUUCAACAAAGACGGGAACAUCGAUUUCAACGAGUUCCUCGAAGCCUUCCGCAUCGUCACACACACGCAUCCUGCUGACUAAGACCGCAGCUACACAGCCUACCCACUCGAAGACGACAUUUUCAGGACAACUUUUAAACUUUUUUUCACCUAAGAACGUGCCUAUGACUUGGAUGAAAUGACUCCGGCACCUGUUUUUGCAGCGUCGGCUUUCGAUGUGAGAAAGUUAGCAUAGCUUUUUUCUAACUUUGAUGCAAGAGCUUUGGUGUUGGGCUGCGGUCCCUUUUUGACAUCUCCAGUUUUCAAGCAAGUUGAAGAAUAAAUAUAGAUUUAUGAAAUGUU